CCGGGGCUUGUGUAAGGAAGGGGGCGCUCGGCGGCAGCCUCCGCCUUGGACCAUGGUCUGUGGGGGCGGAGGGAGGCUCGGCGCUGCUUGGCUCUUCGCGGGGCUUCGGUGGGGUUUUCCACAAUUUCGAGCCGGCUUCCUCCACACAGAGUUUGAGAGACGACCAUCUAAGGUGGUUGUGCAGGUCAACAUGAAGGUGGAGCUUCUCCCAGCCCUCACGGACAACUACAUGUACCUCAUCAUUGAUGAGGAAACCAAGGAGGCAGCUAUCGUUGACCCCGUGCAGCCCCAGAAGGUUAUGGAUGCGGCCAGAAAGCAUGGAGUGAAAUUGACCACUGUUCUUACUACUCACCACCACUGGGACCAUGCUGGUGGCAAUGAGAAACUUGUAAAGAUGGAGCCGGGGUUACAAGUGUACGGGGGAGAUAGCAGGGUUGGAGCCCUCACCCAGAAAGUCUCUCAUCUUAUGUCAUUUCAGGUGGGCUCCCUCAACGUGAAAUGCCUCUCUACCCCUUGCCACACCUCUGGACACAUCUGCUAUUUUGUGACGAAGCCAAAUAGCUCAGAACCGCCUGCGGUGUUCACAGGAGACACGCUGUUUGUGGCUGGCUGCGGAAAGUUCUUCGAAGGAACCCCUGAGGAAAUGUAUAGAGCCCUGGUUGAGAUCUUGGGGCGUCUCCCUCCUGAAACGAAAGUCUACUGCGGUCAUGAAUACACCAUCAACAAUCUGAAGUUUGCCCGGCACGUGGAGCCCAACAAUAGUGCAAUCCAACGAAAGCUCUCGUGGGCAAAGGCAAAAUAUGAUGGUGGUGAGCCGACCAUCCCAUCAACCAUUGGCGAAGAGUUCACGUACAACCCAUUCAUGAGAGUGAGAGAGACUACCGUGCAGCGACACGCCAGGGAAACGGACCCCAUCCGGACAAUGGGAGCCAUCCGGAAAGAAAAAGACAACUUCAAAGUGCCAAAAGAGUAAAAAAAAAAAUCCAUCCCAGACGCUCUGCUGCUUUUCUUGUCCUGUAGCUGAUUUAGUUAAGGAAACCGAAUAGCCCUCUUUUGUUAAAAUCCUUCACGUUAAGGAAUUUUAUUUUUGAUUUUCUCUUAAAAGGAAAAAACCCACAACAAAGCACUUUCUUUGCUCUUAUUGGAGAUGUUCUAUAUGCUAUUUAAAAGAUGUCAAAAAAGCCUCAUUAUCCUUGUACCCCUUGAUUUCAGCCAGGAGGUCGUGGUCCCCCUUUUUUACUUUUUAGUGACGCAUGUGUGGGUGUGGCUUCAAGGAGAGAACAGCGGCCUGAGUUUUGUUGCGGGGGGGGGGGGGGGAGGGAAUUUGGAUGAACUCUGCCCCAGCACUUUGCAGUUCCUUUGGAAGGCAAAUUUGAGUUUUCCACCUCUAGAAUUAAAUAGCAGAUCAGAAGUCCCCUGGGGUUCUCGUUGUUGUUCUUGCUAUUCUUUGUUUCUCCAUCCAUGCAGUUGCUUUUGGAGGGGGCGGGGGGGGGGGAGAAGUCUACCUGUUCUUGUGAGGCUUGAAAUGAACUCUUUUGAUUUUGUACCUUUGGAGCACAACCGCUUAGCUGCAUACAUGUUCUUGUUUUUUCCCUUUUUCUUUAUUGAUCCCAGUGCUCAGCCAUCAAAUGUCUUUUUGACCUUGGAGGGAUUUAAAGUCUGUCUACGGCUCAGUGGAGGAACCUGCUGUGGCAAAAAAAAAAACCCCACAAAAACCCACAGGUGCGGUGGAUGAGACUACACUAGUUCUUGUGCAUGUGCCGUUGACAGAAAGCAACCUUCUUUUUUUAUCCUCCUCCUAAACUAGCCUUCCCCAGCUUGGUACCCUCCAGAUUUUUGGAUUUGAACCCCCAUCACCCCAGCUAGCAUAUCUGGAAUGGUCAGGAAUUCUGGGAGUUGUGGUCCAAAAUUUUGGGAGGAUGCCAGAUUUGGGAAUGGCACACCGGGAGCUUCUUUAGGCACAACCCAAAAGUUGUGUGUGUUUGCAGGGGAGUUUUGGGGAUCUGCAGACUCUACCAGCUGAACAGAUGUGCAAUUCUUUCAUGGGAUCUGGAGAGCAUUAAAUGAGCACAACUGAGAAUCCAUGCUGACAUGCUUCUAGUAAUUUAACAAACUAUGUAAGUAGCAGUAGUACUCCUAUACUGUCCUCACUGACAGUAGACUCAGCACUGAGUCAACACAGCAGUAAAUUGUCAGUAUGGACAAGAUGUAAAGUAUGUCCGGAGUAACUGACCUUGUGAGAGCAGUGGUCUGAACACAUCAAGAGUAACUUUGCAGCCAAAUGGAUCGGAUAUUCCUAUCCUUAUUAAAAAAGAGAUUUUGGAGCUUGGGGAAGGUUUCAGUACCCCCCUUUUCCCCCUUGUUCUUAUGUAUAUUUCUGUACAUAAGAAAGAUGCCAUUUUUGACAGGAAUACUUUAUUUGGACAUGUCUACAUUGCACUUUUUAAAAAGUAAGUUUCAUCCCUUUCUAGCUGUCAUGGCUCCCAACCAGGGAACUCUGGGACCUGUAGGUCUAGGAAGUGACUAACACCUCCUAACAAAGAGUUCUUGACACCUUAGCAAAACUAUAGAUCUUUGUGUGCGUAUGGCGGGGGCUGUGACAAAAUGGCCUCUCAGCAUUUUAAAUUUAGACGUGCCCCUCUCGCUCGUCCUUUCUUUUUUAAGCCGACAAACCAUUUUGUUGCUUAGAAAUCCUUCCGUUUGGACAACCACCUACCAGCCUGCUUGAAUUGUCAUUCCCUGUCAAUUCAGCUAAUGUGUGUGUACAUAUAAAUAUAUAAAUAUAUAAUAUAUAUUACUAUGAAAGAGAUGAACUAACCGGAGCAGAGUAAGGAGGUGGCGCUAACUAACUUCAGCUGCUUUCAACACAGCCAUGGCUUCCCCCCACCCCACCCACCCACCCACUCUGGAACCCUUGGAAUUGGGAUCCUGUGAAAGUGGUUGGGGUCAGUGGAGGCUGGUGGCUGUGAAGCCAGUGGGGCGGUGAAUCCGCUCCGGGUUUCAGUCAAACCCAGCUUCUGAUGGGUAGAGCCCAUUAGAGUUCUGACUGCAACCCAGAGUGAAGUCACUGCCGCGCUGAUAUCAGAGCCACCAGCCUCCACUGGUAGGGGGUCCCUCGGCACAAAAUCCGCCGUAGAUCCACGCUCAAUUCUUAAGGGUUCUUUGAAUGAUGUGAAGAAUGCUAUAGAAAACAGUCAAAGUUUGUUACAGGCGUCCCUGGAUUUUGAGUUGCAUCAAUUGCAAAAGGAAGGGCCGUGGCUUAUUUUUUCCCUGCCCAGCCCUGCCGGAGGCAGGGGGCAGGAGGGUGUCUGACCACCUGCUUGGUUCUUUCUAACAGCCACUCUACACAUUGCCCAGAAUGAGGUGGGGAAGUUUUAGGCUUCUGCUUCAGGCUGCUGGUGGGGUGCCUUGUCUUCAAAUGCUCCUAUAAAAAUCGCCUCCAUGGCGUACCUUAGCACGGCGGGGAGAGAAAGUUCCCAUGUUGUCCUUUUAAAGGCUAGUGUACUGCCAGAAAGGGGAUGUGCGUUGGUUUGGUAGGCGAAUAUCCUGACCUAUGAUGGCCCCCAUUUGCGUUCUGAGAUGGCAGGACCCAGACCUCAGCUGCUUCGUGCUGCAUGUAGUGUAAAAUGGCUCUAACUGCUGCUAGGACCAUGUGCACUUGCUAGCCAUGCUAGGGUGCCACGGCAGGAGAAACCACGUGGAUGGGGCAGAACGACUCCCUGCCCAGAAAGCUGCUGUUUCUUUUCUCUAUUUAAUGCUGCCGGCCUCCAGUGAGCUCAGUUCUAAGUGGGGUCGGAGCCUUUUGUUUGAAUAAAUGACUGUGUCCUACUCUGUGGUCAAUAAACCUCUCUUGCACUAAA